UUCAGUCAAAAACAAUUUAUUACUCCGAUUUGCUCCGAUUAUCAACAGAUUUUAGUUAUCUCCUUCUAGAACUAAGAAAUAGAAAAAGCUACUGACAAUCUAAUUAAUCCUGUCAAAUGUUUAACUUGCAAAGUUGGAAACUUCCUUUUUUGCCUAAACGCUCUGCGCGUCUGGGAUGCGCGGUGAAAUGAACUUGUCUACGAAAUGCCCUAUUCCACAAGCCCUUUCACUUUAGUUAUUAGUUUCUCUCUGCUCUAUACCAAAUUGUAUUAGUUUAGGAUUUCCUGAUAUACAUACCUACUUUAAAUAUAAAACAUAAGUUAAAUAACUAGGGUAAAGAAACUGUGAUAUAUGUAUUAGUUUCAAAAACAGGACUGUCUUAUUUAGUGUGUACCUAUAUAAAGUAAAAUAAAUUAUUUAUAAGAAAGUUUGUAUUUUUUACAUUUCGUUGGAUCAAUUCUAUUACGUAGUCUGAAUAUAAUUUUAAAUUAGGUAUCUAACCUGCGCGUUUUACCCCUAUCCACUAGACCAUGCAAAGGUUUUUCAUAUUGAUUAUUUUCGUAAUUCAGUUCAGUUUUUGGUUUGUUGUAAGUCGGAAUGACAUACAUACAUAUUUUGUCAAAAUACACGUCAACAAAUCGAUUUCUUGUUUUUAAGUAAGGUGUUUUAAGUUUUUUUUUUAAGUUUAUAUGUCUACGAGAAAGGAUGUUUCAAAAAAAUCGACUACAAUACAAAAGAAAAGAACAUCAGAUAAAAAUCUAUCUAAUAAAGAGAGCCCUGAAGAAGUUACUAAUAAAACUAAAGAAUUACAAAAGAAAAGCAUAUACAAGAAAAGUACGGAAGAAAAACUUAUUAGUUCAUCGAAAACCAGUUCAGAGUCCAAAUCUAAAGCUAGCAUCCGUACACCGAGAAGCAGUGUUACAAAUUUAAAAGACAAAACCAAAUCAAAUAAUCGAGAUGUGCCUCUAACUCCUCCAAGUACCAGAGUAAAGAAAACUCAAUAUUUUCCUACGAAAAAUUUAUAUUCGAAUGCUCUAAAAACUAUUCAGGAUGUUCAAUCUAAGCCAUUAAGUGAAAGUGCUUCAAAAAGUAACAGCUCUACAAAUAUUAGAAAUAAAAAGGAACCAGAUAGAAUAGCUGCGAAGUUAAUAAAUAAUAGUGAUAGAAAUAAAAGUAGAGAUAGUUUUAGAGCGAAGCUUGAAUCUAGCAAAAUAAAUAAUAGUAAAAGUAAAAAGCUUAUAUCCGAAAACUCUAAAGAAUUAAACAUAGUUACGCCAAAGGCGAUAACAAGAAACUCAUCUCCCGAAUCUAGUUCUAUGUCUGAGAGACCACGAACAGCGACUUUGAGGAAAGGAAGUAUAGUGAAUUCAAAUAUCGUAGGUCCUGAAGCUCCAAUUGCAGUUAAAACUAUAUCUAAAAAGGAUAAAAUUAAACAAACUGCUGUGGAAGUAGAAGAACGAUUACCAAGUCUUUCUGUUUCAAGCAGUGAAAAUUACGAGGAUGAUUUUGAAUCUUACGAAUCGGAUUUUGAAGCAUACUCUUCAAGCGAGAAUUCUAGUUUUUUGGGAAUUGCUUCAAAAGCCGAAACAAGUUCUAUGAGUAGCAGUGCUGCAGAUUUAUCGGAUAGUAAUGAGAAUUUUUUAACUACCUAUACAGAUACUAAAAGAUCAUCUUCUGCGGGAACUGACGAUGAAAGAAAAUUAGAUUCGGGUACGUUCGAGUUACCCGAAUUUAAGCAUAGACAGAUCUUAGAACAUAUUAAAGAAAAUAUAGAAAGGGAAUCUCCUAAUUUGGUGAACGAUCGUGUUAAAGAAAAGACCAAUCUACCAUCUCUUCCCGAUGAAGGGUUUGAAGAACAGAAAUCACUCCAGUUUAUUAAUUUCGCUGAUGCAAAAAAGCGAUAUGAUCGAAGAAAGGCUAGUAUAGUUCGAAAAAAGAGAGGUGAAGAGAUACUAAAUAUGAUCAAACUCAAUACAGUUAAUUUUACAUUACUUGACUUAGUGGCAGUGCCUUAUGAUGAGUUUAUAAAAACUUACGGAAGAAGUAAUACUGUUCAGACUUCGUCACAAACAGGAGAUGACAAUAUAUCUGAAGAAACACAAACUGUUACUGUAUUAUUGGAAACAAAAUGGACUCAAAUGCCUGUUAUUUUUUCAACUUUUGACACAAACAGGGAACAUUUUUGGAGGAAUUACAGAGACGAAUUUUUAGGUGUAGGUUACGACAAUAACGAAAUAAUAAAAUGUGAAGAUAAAAUAAUACGAAGUUAUAACGAAAGUCGUUUAAAUUUAUUUUUUAACAAAGCAGCUGAUGUGGUAUCCGAACUUUUAAUGGAAGAAAACAUGAAAAGUUUGGAAAAUGUUCUUAAAAAUCAACGUGAAUUGCCAUUUAGUGAUGGUUAUAUAGAAUUUAAUACGUCUGAAAAAGUACUGGAAGACACUAGGCUUGUAAAUAUGUCGAUUUUUAACAGUAACGUAAGAAAAAUAUUAACUGUUCAUUUGAAAACAAAAAAUAGAGAUAAUUUGAAAUCAAUAAUAUGCAUCUGGGAUUUAUCAGAUGUGGAUGAGCCAAAAACAAUUUUGAAUUCCUACGGAGAGAUUUCAUGUGCCAUAUUUUCUACGUUAGAUUGCAGUUACAUAUUUGCAGGACAAAGAGAUGGAACUGUAUUAAUUUGGGAUACCAAAGAAAGAAAUAGAUUCAGCAAAAUGUUAAGUGGAACUCCAACAUUUACUACCACUAUUGGAUCAAGUCAUUUAUCCAAAGUAGUUACAAUAUACUGCAUUGAUACCAACGAUAAAAGUAAAAUUGGUUCUAACUCAAGUCAAUCAAACGAAGUGUGUAGUUUGGCCGAAGAAGGCGACCUUAUAAUCUGGAAUUUAUAUAUCGAUGUAGAUAAUAAAAGAUCUAGGAACGACGUUAGCCUAAUUAAAAUAAUUGCUAUAAAUUUGCAAGAUCAAUAUCCAGAGUUGCCGGAUAUGCUAUGUACGGACCUACUAAUACAGAAUGGAUAUGCAUACAUUUCCACAAAUUAUGGAUUCGUUUUGCAUUGCGCGCUUGAUGAAGUCAAGCAUAAUGUACAGAAAUACUCUAAUGAUUCAAAAUCGACAGCUAUUUGUCUAGAAGCCUGCCCAUUCUCCUCAUCUUAUUUUCUGACUGGUUGUGACAAUGGAAGUGUAGCCUUACAUUCGAAAAUGUCAGAAAAACCAUUGAUGGUUUUGAGAAACAGCGACGAACUUGAUAAUAUUAGUAUACAAAUUGUAAGAUGGUCAACGUCUAUGCCUUUUAUAUUGUAUGCAAAGGAUUCGAAAAACACUGUACAUAUUUGGAACCUUGGUAAAAGUGAUAUGUUUCCCGAAUAUUCUAUUCCUUUUAAAGAUGAUAUUAGUUGUUUGAAGUUGUCACCUGUUGUGGAUAUCGAGUCUCGAAGUCUUUCAUAUAUGAUAAUUGGUACCAGUGAAGGAAAGAUACAUUUACACAUAUUAAACAAAGAGUAUAGUCAGCAAGAUUUUAACACCAAUAAAGAAAAUAUGAAGAUAUUUUUUAAUUAUGUCAAUCGUUUAUGAAAAAUUAUCCAUGUUUUUUCUAAGUAAAACUUCAAGAAGAUUGUAUCAUCGAUACUUGAAAUAUGAGAAUAUUUUUGAAUUUUGUAAAUCGCUUAAAGUA